CGCCCACACCAUAAUUCACACGCAGCUGUUACUGUAAAUUGCGUUCAGUUUCCACGUGCAUCUACUCACAAAUCGUUGGUGUUGAACAGCGGGAGAGUCGGACUGUGAGCAACGCCACGCGUCGGCUUAAUCCACCGCCUCUCUCAGUGUUUCUGACCAACUUGUUGCGCAGCUGCUAUUUCUCACUAAACCACCCCCGUGGUCCGCUCCUGCGGAGAGCUGCUCACCAGCGCACACUGGCGCUGUGUGGUGCUUCAUCGGGGAAAACAGAUGGACGAAGCGGGGACUUUCUCCAGGCCUACUACAUCCAAACUAAACGUUUUUGUUUUAUCGCGCAGGCUAUAAGAAGAUGACGCUUUUGUAAUUUUUAAUUUUUUUUAUGAAGUUCUGUCGCCUACAGUGACAUUUCCAGUGUGUUUAAUAUGAUAUGACGCGUCCUUGCCACGGACCAGACUUUAGCCACAGCCUCUUCUACCUCACACUACUCCUGUGGACCAGACGCAUGAGUGGACUGGCUGACUUUUCAAACUACCUGUCCAGGAUCAUCACCAGUCACUCUGCUCAGGCGUGUGACGGGCAGCCUCUGCGUCUCCACUGUCCACGUCACUCCACCAUCUACAUCCAGUCCGCCUUCUACGGGAGCGGCGUGGCGCGGCUGUGCAGAUCAGACCCGGACCCUCCGCUCAGAGCCCACAACCACAGCUGUUCAGCUUUUACUGCUCUACAGAAGCUGCUGUCGGAGUGUCAGAGCCACAGAGAUUGCAAGCUGCCUGUCAACCACCUACUGUUUGGGAAGGACCCCUGUCCCGGCACGACCAAAUACCUCCAUGUGGAAUACAAGUGUAAACCAACUGAACACAAAAGGCAUGUGGUGUGUGAGGGGGAGACGAUGGUCCUGCGCUGUAAGCCCCCCAAGGUUCUGAACAUCUAUGCAGCUGUCUAUGGGAGAAGUCUGGGCCAGCCGGACAACUGCCCCUCACACCUGACGAGACCACCCCCGUUUGAGUGUCUGAAUCACGAGGCUGUACACUUGGUGUCCAAGUCCUGCUACAGCAAACAGAAGUGUGCUGUUGCUGUCAGCAACCAGACCUUUAGAGACCCCUGCUUUCCAGGAACCAGGAAGUACCUCAGUGUGGUCUAUUCUUGUGUAGUACCACAGUCUUUACUGAGGGAGGCAGACCCUGACAUAUUCAGCUCCACUUCAUCUCCUACUGUGGACACAGAAAAAGCUCCUCCUGCGGAUCUGGAGGAGUCUCUCCCCAAAGGUUCAAGAAGGCCCGAAAACUCAGGAGCCAUGAUGAGCAGCUCUCUCCUGACCUAUGCCUACAUUAAAGAGCAUCCAGAAAUGGCAGCACUGCUGUUCACCUCCAGCGUGUGCAUCGGUUUAAUGCUCACGCUGCUGGCUGUGUCGGUCCGAGUGACCUGCAGAGGGCGCCAGCUCGGAGACCGGAGGCUCACACCCACGCCUGGUAGCCAGGCUGUCAACCUCCAGGAGGAGGACAGUGAUGAGGAGGAAGAAGAAGAAGAUGAUGAUGAUGAUGAUGACGAAGAAGAGGGAACAGAAAGCUCUUUAAUCUCAGCCGCGGAAGGGAAGGCGAUGCACGGCUGGGAGGAAGUGACCUAUGUGAGCGAGGCAGCGGAACGGGCGGAGAGGAUUGAGCGCAGGGAGAUGAUCAUUCAGGAGAUAUGGAUGAACGCCUAUCUGAAUGGAAGCCCAUGUUGAGUGGACUGUGACCCAUGUGUGCUGUUCAGCGCCUUCAGGAUUAUUUCAGGAUUGUUUUAUUAUGAACAAAACAAGAAACCUUUUCUUCUUCUUCUUUUCUUUUUUUUACAUUGUAAAGUGUUGUAAGUGUUCUGCCAGAUUGCUGGAGACCUCAGUUUAUGAAGAAUGUAAUGUUUGGAUGAAACUGCAGUACUAUCCAUUUUUAAAAGAUCCAACAGGGUUUAAUGCUGUAAAAUGGGUGGUGACAUAAAUUCCGUAAUUGUUUAAAUGUUGUAUUUAUUCACAUCCACCACUAAAUGAAGCCAGGAAUUAAACUGCCGAUGUUUCGACUAGUCGACGAUUUGCUUUACCUCUUGAGCUAGAAGGUUUUUUUUAAGUCAAGCAAAGCAUUCCCACAGGAAGGAGAAAUGAUACUAACAAGGUUAGAGACUGGUCAAUAAUUAUUUAGAGACUCUGGAUCAAGGUGUGGUUUCUUGUGUAGAUGUUUAAUCACAGCAUCCAGGAAAAUGGGUGUGUUUAAGUCACUGCUGUGAGAGGAUCCAGGACCACAGGGCCAAGUGGUGAAUACAUCAGCACCAACAUCACAAGGACUACGUGGUUCAUAGUUGAUGGAGAUGGGUUUUAACACAAAAGACUCAAAUGAGUUGAAUUUAAUAUUAGGGAAGUGUUUUCCCAUGAACCAAUCAUAUCCACACUAUGCCUAAGAAUCUGUAGAGCUGCCAGUAUAGAUGACACUAAUUGGCACAAGACACCUUGUGUUAUUAGAAAAUGUUUAGCAACAGAAUGGUCCUUUACAUUCUGGACAAAUACUAUGUGUAAAGUGUUAUCUUUCCUAAAGUAUAAUUAGUAUUCCCUAAAAUGGCCAGCUGUUUAUACGACAGGCCUACGGUGUGUGUUUGAAUUUCACCCACCAGAACUAAUCACCGUCUCUUUAAAGAGACAUUUAAAUUAAAAGUAGAAAAAGGCUGAAUUGUCCUUCAACUCUACAGGAUGUUUUUCUUUUUGUUCACUGUUCCUUGAAACCGGCCAGAGAGCCACUCCUCUCUGAUUCACUGCAUCGACUCCGUCAACAGUUCCACAGAGUGGAAUUAAACACUCUCACUUUGAACUCUACAACUUCCUCAUGCCUGCUGGGACGAGAGCUGGAACGACCAUCAACUAUGCUGCAACGUCCUGCCUGACAGCAACACGCACUUUCAGAGGUGUGUGUGUGUGUGUGUGUGUAACUGAGCGGAGACAAAGAGAGGAAAGGUGUAGCAUCCUUGCCCCUGCACUCCCAGGGAUAUAAAACUGUGCUCCUGUUGACUCACUACCUCUGAGCAUUUGUUGAUUGUCAACACAACAUUAAUACAAAAAUGUUUCACCAUUGUUUAUGCACAGGCUGUAUUGGAAAUUAUUCUUUUACUUAAGAUUAAAUUUAAAUAUAAUUAUUUUUUCACAUCUUUAAUAAAAAUGUAACUUUUACAACAGGUUGAAAACAUCUGGUAAAGAAAUACAGGCAUCAGAUUUAAAUCACGUAAAUAAUGACAUCGGCCUCCGUCCGUCAUACAAUGUCCCCAGAUGUCUUCUUCACAUUUCAGUUCAGUUGAAGAAAAUUUAUAAGUGUGAGUCUAGAAACACAUGCUCUCCAAGGCAUUUGAACACAUCUGCUGUGUAUAAUU